AAAUGAACGAUGAAUUUGCAACCUUAUUAAACAAACAAAAUUAUGACUUUAUUAUUAAAAUAACGCUGGAUUAGCUACUUCAAUCAUGUUUUGGUACUGUUUAGUGUAAUUUUAGUAUAUAUGAAGGCGGCACAGAGCAUAGUGGGUGUAAGUUAGUUUUGGGAGUGUCACUCUUCCUGCAGAAUCCAGAUCUGUACACAACAUGGGAAGCGCCACUUUGCUACAUUUGCUAUGCCUUGUCAUUGCUUUAGUAAAUGUGUCCCUUGUGCAAGCUGAAGAUGCAUAUAAGUUUUACACAUGGACGGUGACUUAUGGAAAUCUUUCUCCACUGGGUAGUCCCCAGCAGGUUAUUCUUAUCAAUGGCCAGUUUCCUGGGCCUAGACUUGACUUGAUAACUAAUGACAAUGUUAUUCUCAACCUUAUCAACAAGCUGGACGAGCCAUUUUUACUCACUUGGAAUGGUAUAAAACAAAGGAAAAAUUCAUGGCAAGAUGGAGUUUUGGGAACCAACUGCCCCAUUCCUCCGAACUCAAAUUACACAUACAAGUUUCAGACCAAGGAUCAGAUUGGCACAUACACAUACUUUCCAUCAACUCAACUGCAUAAAGCAGCUGGAGGGUUUGGAGGACUUAAUGUUUAUCACAGAUCUGUUAUCCCAAUCCCUUAUUCAAACCCCGAUGGAGAUUUUACUUUACUCAUUGGUGAUUGGUACAAGAACAACCACAAGACACUAAGGCAAACUUUGGAUUCUGGAAAAUCAAUUGGACUUCCCGAUGGCCUCCUCAUUAAUGGCCAGCCUCAUUCUACCUUCACUGGCAACCAGGGAAAAACCUACAUGUUUAGGAUCUCAAAUGUAGGCUUGUCAACAUCAAUUAACUUCAGAAUCCAGGGUCAUUCACUAAAACUUGUUGAAGUUGAAGGAUCACACACUGUUCAGAACACAUACGAUUCACUUGAUGUGCAUGUUGGUCAAUCAGUUUCUCUGUUAGUAACCUUGAAUCAGCCUCCAAAGGACUACUACAUUGUUGCCUCAACAAGAUUUACCGAGACACCUCUCACCACAACUGCAGUACUACACUACUCAAAUUCUUAUUCCUCUGCAUUAGGACCUGUGCCUCCUGCCCCCGUUGAUAAAUAUGAUUUUGACUGGUCCAUGAAACAAGCUAGAACCUACAGGUGGAAUCUGACUGCAAAUGCUGCUAGGCCUAACCCCCAAGGGUCAUUCCAUUAUGGGUUGAUUACUCCUACAAAAGUGAUUAAAUUGGCCAAUUCAGCACCUUUGAUCAAUGGAAAGCUCCGUUAUGCCGUUAACAGUGUCUCUUAUCUUAACCCUGACACCCCUCUCAAGCUUGCUGAUUACUUCAACAUUCCCGGAAUCUUCAGUGUGAAUUUACUCCAAAACACUCCCUCUAGUGGUCCAGGUUACAUAGGCACCUCGGUGUUGCCAACUUCUCUUCAUGAUUUUAUUGAGAUUAUAUUCCAGAACAACGAAAACACCAUCCAGUCUUGGCAUCUUGAUGGUUAUGACUUUUGGGUCAUUGGUUAUGGUCUCGGCCAGUGGACAGAUGCAAGUAGAAAAACCUAUAAUCUAGUGGAUGCCCUGACCAGGCACACUGCACAGGUGUAUCCAAAAUCCUGGACUGCCAUAUUGGUGUCUUUGGACAACCAAGGUAUGUGGAAUUUGAGGUCUGCAAUAUGGGAAAGGCAAUAUCUUGGGCAGCAGUUCUACCUAAGGGUGUGGAAUGCACAGCGCAGCCUUGCUAAUGAAUAUGACAUUCCCAAUAAUGUUCUACUUUGCGGCAAAGCUGUUGGACAUCAUCCUUAGUAUAUAUAUAUACACACAUACAUACAUAUCCAACUAUCUUCGUCCUAUUUAUUCCUGUAUUUUCUAGUCAUGAGGGUUUGACUACCAUUACAAUUCUUUUUCCAGGCACAAUUCAAUUUCGCCAAGAUUUCAACAGUCUUGCU